UAUUGCGUGCAUGUGUGUGUGUGCGAGUGCGUGCUACGGCUGCUGCUUGUCACUCAUUGUGCCGUGAACACGGGUAGCGACAAGGACCAAAAUUCCGUCCGGUAGCUGCUGUUGUCUCCUGGCAAAGGCUGAUAUCUGGUUCCCCACCUCCUCAGUAGAGACCCCUGGCUUGUUUUUAAAGUGCGUCUGCUCUUCAAGGAGAAUAUCUGUGACACAUAUUGCAAUGCUUCAAACAAGGGACCUCAUCUGGGGAUUGCUAUUCAUCGGCUGUGCAGCCGCCAUCCAAGUGCAAAUCACUCCAACACAAGGAGAGAUCAGCGUAGGAGAGUCCAAGUUUUUCCUCUGCGAAGUGGUGGGAGAUGCUAAAGACAUAGACUGGUAUGCCCCCAGUGGGGAGAAGAUCCUCCCCAAUAUGCCAGACAUCUUUGUGAACCGUGCCGAUGAAACCACGUCGACUCUUACCAUAUACCACGCCAACGUGGACAGUGCCGGUAUCUACAAGUGUGUGGCGAAGAACGGGGACAAGGAGGCCCAAGCCACAGUCCAAGUGAAGAUCUUCCAAAAGAUCACUUUCGCGAGUGCUCCCAGCCCACAGGAGUUCAAUGAAGGCGAUGAUGCUGACAUAGUCUGCAAUGUGGUCAGUUCACCACCACCCACCAUCAUUUGGAAGCAUAAGGGCUCCAAGAUCCAGGUUGCCAAAGAUGUGCGAUACAAGAUCAUGGAUAAUGGCCACCUGCAGAUCCGCGGCAUCAAGAAGAUAGAUGAGGGCAUGUACAACUGUGAGGCUCGUGUCAUGGCCAGGGGAGAAAUUGACUUCAAGAUGAUCAAGGUUGUUGUUAAUGUGCUUCCCACCAUCCGUGCCAGGCUGUCGGAGGUCAAUGCUACAGCGGACAUUGGCAGCUCUGCUUUGUUGGCCUGUGAUGCAGACGGCUUCCCUGAACCCACCGUCACCUGGGCACAUAACAACAUUGUCCUUGAAACGGGUGAUAAGUACAGCCUGAACGAGGAUGGUUCAGAAUUGGUAAUAAAAGAUGUCAAGAAAGUGGAUGAAGGAGAUUACACUUGCAUCGCCAAGAACAAGGCAGGAGAGAAAGCCGAGGAAGUCAGCCUGAACGUGUUCGUACAACCCAAGAUUACCUACCUGAAUAACCAGACUGCGUCAGAGUUUGACAAUCAAGUCACCCUGACCUGUGAGGCCUUGGGCGACCCCACACCCACCAUCUCUUGGAGUUUUGAAAAUAGGGUAUUCACUGAAGGAGAGCAGGCUUCAUGGACGCGACCAGACAAAUAUGAGAGCCUCGAUAGAAAUAUUGUGGUACGCAGCCACGCGCGGGUGUCCUCGCUCACCCUGAAAAACAUCGUGUUCACGUACGCCGGCCAGUACCUCUGCACCGCCAGCAACUCCAUCGGCCAGGACAACCAGCACAUGUACCUGGAAGUCCGCUAUGCUCCAAAGAUCCAGGGUCGAGUGACUGUGUACACGUGGGAGGGAAACGCGGCCAACAUCAGCUGUGAGGUGGAAGCUCACCCCGGAGCCUCAGUGGUUUGGUUUAGGGACGGCCUCCAGCUGCCCUCUGCCAACACCACCAACAUGAAGAUCUACAACACACAAAGUGUCAGCUACCUGGAGAUUACACCUGAUUCUCAGAGUGACUUUGGGAGCUACAACUGCACAGCAACCAAUGCGAUGGGCACUGACUCUAAGGAGUUCCUUCUGAUCCAAGCAGAGGUGCCAUCGUCGCCAGAAAUUCAACAAGUGGAACCAUUCUCCAGCACAGCAGUGGUAGCGUUUGAGGAGCCUGACUCCAUGGGUGGAGUGCCCAUUAUCAAGUACAAAGUGGAAUGGCGUUUGCCGGGCCAGGAUUGGACUGGCAGUGAGCACGAUGCUAAUGACGAAAUGACCACGAUCACCAUCGUUGGCCUGAAGCCAGAGACCACCUACGAGGUCAAGAUGUCCGCCAUCAACGGCAAGGGCGAAGGCGAGAGCAGCCUGGCCAGCACUUUCAAGACCGAGCCAGUCCGGGAACCCAGUGCCCCCAUACUAGAAGUCAAGGUCCAAGACAAGGGCAAUACUCUUAAGGUCAACUGGAUCAAACAGGACGACGGCGGUUCCCCAAUUAAACACUACCUGGUCAGAUACAAGGCUAAGCAUGUAUCUGACUGGAAACCAGAGAUCCGCCUGCCCUAUAACAGUGAGUAUGUGAUGCUGAACGGCCUGGACUGGAAUACAGAGUAUGAAGUUCACGUGGUGGCAGAGAAUCAGCAGGGCAAGUCGGAGCCUGCCGUCAUCUCUUUCAGGACAGCUACAGACCCAACUACCAUCCCAGCUACCCUCGGUUGCCAAUGUGUGACCAACAGUCUGGCAGCACUUCUGCUGUCCGUGCUGACUGCGCUCUGGCUCUCAUAAACUGAUUUUGUUCAAGGAGAAAGAGGAAAGUCUGAGCCUUUUGAAAUCUUUGGGCCCAGACUCCUUUUUGCUUUCUAUGCCUUUUGACCCUUGUGCAGCCACACACAAGUUUGAAAAAAGAAAAAAAAAAAAAAAGAUGGAAGAGUCAAGACAUUGGUUUCAUAACGUUAUUACAGGGUGCUCAGUACUUGCAUCAUUCUCAAAUUUGGGGGGGGAUUUAGAUUCUGUUAAUAUUUUUUUGUUUUCAUCUGUUUAAUGUUGUAUAUGAAUAUAUUGAGAAAGGGAAACAUUUUAGAGGGUUUUGUCAACGAUCCAACUUGGACUCGGGUGCUUUAUUGAGAUACGGUGAAGACAAAGUGUUGCCGCUUUGUCUUAGAUAUGAUUAGUAACACAUUCAUAAUGCCUUAAUGUGAUCUUAAGAAAGGGUGAUACAAUACAAUAAUUACCUUACACUGUUUUGAUUAUGUGUCUACAAUGUGCUAACCAGAAAUGGCAAUUGUAAAGAGACUUUUAUUUUGGAACUUAUUGCCUAUUAAACAGACACAUCUUUCCACUGUUAUGUCACAAAAGACAUAAAAGCAUGAACACUGCAUGAAGGCUGACACAAGGCAUGAUCCAGUAUUCAUUGAUGUGCUAUAUUCAGCUGCUUUGAAGCUUCCCAGUCAAGCAUUAUGAAUGUGUUAACCAGGUGAAGAGUACACAUGCUGUGCCUAAUUUCUGUUUUUUUUGGAUACAAGCUUGAAAUGUCCUGCUGUACAAAAUGAUGAGGGAAAGAUAACAAUUGCAGAAAAAUUGGAUAUUGGUUAUGGUCAGAGUACUCAUUUUUUUUUAAAGACACUUUAUUAAUUUCCAACAUUAUAAUAUGCUCACUUUCAAAUCCAUUAUUAUGUGACCGCCUUGUCAGGAGAGGACAGAAGGUUGUUGCAGAAAAACUAAUCAUGUUUUGUGAAAAAAGUGUACAUACUCUUUUCAAACUGACCUUCAAGAAAUACGAGAGAUCAGCUGUUAGUUUUGUUUUGGGUUUUUUUGACGGUUCAUGUUCUCUUUUUACCUGACAGCAGAGAAAAGAAAAAAUACAUGCGUGCAAAAGCUGUUCAACACUAAAAAUUUCAUUUUCAAUAAUGUGAAAUUAUUCUAUUCUCUUGAGACAUUUUUGUAAGUACAUAUCAGUGUAUUUCCAUGUAACCAUUGUAGGGUUGAAAUAAAUUGUUUCUUUUUUCUUUCAUGAAAGAAAUGGCUUUCUGAAACUUUAGCGACUAAACAUGCUAAGAUGUGUGACACAGUCCUGAUUUAUGCUGACUGUUUAAGGCCUGGAUUGUCAAGCUGAUUUUAGCCCUUUUUUCCCCUCUGGAGCUUUAACAAAAUGUCUGUAUUCUGCAUUCAGUGUUGCAUUACACCACACACGACUGUUAAACCCAGAUGUUAAAAGAUUAGUAGGCUGGCUAUAGCCUAAUCGAAGAAGAUACAGUAUGCAUUUGAACAAAUAAAUGAACAAAUGGUAAACAGUGUAUACCAUAUAGAGG